ACGGAGCUUUCGAAAGACUUUUUAAAACCCAUCAAUACAUAGCGUAACAUGGAUUAUACAUUAGGUUCCGUUCGUUUUAACUUUUUGUGUAAAAUACUAUUUGGCACGUUCUUUAUUUUAAGUGUGAUAUAUGUUGUACUUUGGAAUCUACCAUUUGGAUAUAAACCUGUCAAGGCUACGCUACUUUGGUCUCUUCCACUGUAUCUUGAAAAUACAGACGUGGAAACUGAACACAACAUUACAGAAUCAAAAACUGAAUACAACACCACAGAAUCGAAAUCUGAACACGCCAUCACUGACACGGAAACGGAACACACCAUUACCUGGUACAAUUUACCUUGGUUUAUAAACACAAGAGGAAGUGCCGUGAAUUUUACUUUUAAAAAUUGCAAAUAUAAAAAUUGCAAACUAUCUUUGGAUCGGAAAGAUAUUAAGAACAGUUCUGCUGUACUUAUUGAUGGGCGAGUUUUAUCUGGGCGAAAAUCAUUGUUAAAGAUUGAAAGACCACUUGGGCAAAUUUGGAUAUACGCCGCCCAUGAAAGCCCGAGAUUGUACAAGAAAUCAGACUGGAUCAACUCUCCAUUGCGGUAUGUUUUUAAUUGGACAAUGUUCUAUAAGAGGGAGAACACUGACAUACACCUUCCAUACGGACAACUGAAAGAAACGAGCGCCUUCUCUCCAAGAAAUUUUACUGACAUUGCACUACGCAAAACGGACGGAGCUCUGCUUAUAACAUCGCAUUGUCCAACUGAUUCUCGUAGGGAACAAUACAUAGCUAAAUUAAAGAACUAUUUACCUGUAGAAGUUCUGGGAUCAUGCGGAAAACCUUGGUCGUGCGGAAUGCGAACUGUCCAUGAUGAAUGCUUCGGACUGUUGAAUACGACUUACGCAUUUUAUCUUGCAUUUGAGAACGCAUUGUGUAAGGAAUAUUUCACAGAGAAACUGUUCGAGAACUUCGACUACGAUAUUAUUAUUGUCUCGCGCGGCGGUGGAAAGGGCGACACAAAUAGAAUGUUACCUCGCGAUACGAUUAUUACAACAGACGAUUUUGAAAACGCGGACGAUCUUGGAAGAUACUUGGCAUAUGUAUCGAAGUCGCCAGCAGUAUAUGGAUAUAUGUUGCGCAGAAAAAGUAGAUACGUUUCAGUAGGUUACAACGCCUUGCACGAAAGAGCGAUGUGCCAAAUUUGUGAAAUGAUAAAUAACGUAGAGAAGAACCGGAGAACCAUCGAUAUUUACAAAUGGCUUUUUAUUCCGGAUGCAUGUAGAAUCCCAUAUGAUAUUUAAAAAAUAUGUUGAAUAAGGUCAUGGCGGUUCUAUUUACCAACUACUGUGUGUGAAGUUGGCCGGACAGCCGAAAGUUCACCGGAUCAAUCAAUCAAACUAAUCAUCAAUCAAUCAAUCAAUCAAUCAAUAAACCAAUGCAAUAUAUUGCAUCCAAGAUGGCCGCCAAAUUUGAGCAAAAUCGACAAUUUACUUAAAAUUGUGUGUUUUUCCUUUGAUUAUUGCGCAAUACUAUGAAUUAUAAAUACAAACCAAUCAAUCCCAAUAUUAUUAUUUUUGAAACUUAAAAUGUUAUGACCUACUACUAUAUUGUUGUUGUUGAUUCCGGCGGCGGACGUCUUGGACGCCAUCUUGAAUUAAAAACAAGAACACCAAAGGUGGCGCGAGGCCAUCAAUCAGAUUCUUAAAUAGCAGGAAAUAGGAUAAAAUUUUUAUACACAACCAUGGG